AAAACGCUGAUAUGAUCACUCCGUAGCCAGUUUGGUUCAAGUGCUACCUUGAGCAAGCGCAAUAUCUGAACUUUCCUGAACAGGCAAUAUACGAACAUUCGUAUUUCAGCACUCACGAUGGUGUUCGCGAGGGCGAUCGCAUGCUUAAUAUGUGCAUUGAGCGGCAGUAGUGUGGUCUCCGCCUUGCACGUUGUUUCGAACGCAGAGGACGGCAUGGGCAUCUAUGAAUUUUCUGACCCACAAGAUAAAAUGGAACCAUAUUCCGAGUGUGAUGAUAUCGAAAGUGGAGGGCCCGAUUGGGACGAUGAAAGCUUGAAUGUUGAAGACUGGAGACGUAUUGUUUCUGAGUGCCGUCAAAGGCAACAUAACGAGUCAUUGCGACACUAUAAGGAGCUUGUGCAGUUUGUGCAUGUUGGCAAGUGCGCAGGCAGUUCAAUUGGUAUGGCCAUCUACAAGCAAACCCCUUACCAUGAGAUUCACAUUCGGCAGGUCGACAAUUGCCGCGCAGACAAGCAACGCACGUGGAUUGUUUCUGUUCGAGACCCGCUUGCUCGUGUUGUAUCUGCUUUCAAUUGGAGGAACCCCCUAAACGGAGAUUCGCCGCACGGGCAGGCAGGUUUCCAGCAAGAUAAACAAGAGCAGGAGUUCUAUCGAUGCUUCCGAAAAGUCAACGACUUUGCGGAGUCGUUGCAGGACCAGAGCGAUUGCGGUAGCAUUGCCCGCCGAGCGCUUGAGAAGCCAAUCAUGUCUGAGCACGUUGGUAAAGGCUUUCGCUAUUAUUUUGAACACGAUCUCGAGUGCGUUCUCGCACAAGAGGUGUAUUUGAUUCGUUCCGAGACGAUUUCUCACGAUCUCAAGGAUGUGUUUGGGCGUUUGGGGUGGGCAGCGCCCGCCGAAAUUCCGCAUGACAAGGGUCAAUACCCCUUCCAACACGAAACAUACCUCAGUGACAAGGGGAAGCAUUUCCUGCAAAGCGCGUUGAAGGAUGAUUAUGAGGUCGUGCGGGCUUUAGAGCACGCUGCUAAAAAUGGCAGGCGUUAGGUCGGCUCUUUUGAAGCAACGAUUUGAGCCACAGCAGCAGCCCUGCCACGUUUUAAGCUACACUGCCCUCUGAAAAGCCAUGCCCGUCAAAUUCAGUGCCACGUCCUCCCCCUAAGCUAAGGCUGAAAGAAGACGAGCAGUCUCCUUUCUUCUUCUCGCGGCAUUGUGCCUCCGCGUCUUUUUCAUCAUCGCCAUUUGCUGUAGCGAGUAGGCGUGUAGCUCUGCUGCACAGGCUGUUUGGGCCGUAGCUUUGCUGCACAGGCUGUUUGGGCCGCUCAGGAUGAAUCCAAGAGAGCUGCGCGGGACUCUGAUGCCCCCGAAAGGCUUCACGACAGACCUGGACAGCCCAACGACGCU